GAUUCCCUAUUAGUUAAGAGAUUCGAAGAUUGUUUCACUAAUUUGAUUUCUUUGGGGUUUUCUCGGAUCAAAAGCGAAAAAAGUUUAACACAAAAUGUCGAGAAAUGGAGAUCCAGAGGGCGGCGAGCCAGUGCUGCCGGGACCAUCUUCGAGCGCCAGACAAAGGCCGGGACUUGACCCGUUUCUGGUGGUGUGCCGAUGCUUUAGAGUUAUAACCUCUCUGGCUUCGAUUCUCUGCAUUGCUGUUAAUGUUCUCUCUGCUGUUCGAUCUUUCAAGAAUGGAUCCGAUGUUUUUGAUGGGAUUUUCCGAUGUUACGCGAUUGUACUUGCUUUCUUUGUGGUUCUGGCGGAAACAGAAUGGGGAUUCAUAAUCAAGUUCUGGAAGGUUUUUGAGUACUGGGCUGGUAGGGGUAUGCUUCAAAUCUUUGUUGCAGUUAUGACGAGAGCUUUCCCUGAUUAUUCAGAAAGGCAACGGGAUCUUGUUCUUCUUCAGAACAUAGCGAGCUAUCUGCUCCUUGCUUGCGGUGUAGUCUAUGUUUUUUCGGGACUCUUAUGCGUUGGCUUGCUCAAACGUUCACGCCAGGAAAAGGAAAUUACAAGGGAACAAGCAGUUAAAGAUCUGGAGGAAUUGGAGAGACGAAGAGAAGAACUUGAACAAAUGCUGUUGGCAGAAAGGGCAUGAAGGAAGGUGUGUGAUUAAGUAAAUAAACCAUGGGACAUCUUGAUCCUGUUGUGAACUAAGUUUUUCUUCCCAAGAUGCUUCAUUGUAUUCUUCUCUGAUGCUUUCUUCAUGUAGGAGACUUAGAAAUAGCAUUUCGUGUAGAAAUUCUCUCGGAUUGCAUAUCAAAUAAUUUGCGAACAUUUCUAGUUCAGAACCUUCAUUUUGCCAUCCCGUCUUGUAUUUAUACAUGUGUAUAUUA